AUGAGAAACACCUCGACUUUUACAACAGCUUUGGCAUUAUGCAGUCCUGGCGCAGCCUUGGUUUGCAAGCCAACGCCCUUGGAUUCCAACUGGCCCAAUGCAUCGGAUUGGAUGGCCUUGAAUCACACACUUGGCGGCGCUCUUCUUCGAACUCGCCCCGUUGCAUCUACAUGCUAUGCUAGCAAUCCUCUCAACUCGACUCUAUCUUGCAACGAAGUGGAAGACCAAUGGAAUUCGACAUACUUCCAUGCCACACUUCCCGAAUCAAUCGAUGCCUCGAUCUGGACCAACAACUCUUGCGUUCCUCCUGGAGCAGAUGGGCAUGUUGAAGGCAGUUCUUGCACUCUGGGAGCUUAUCCAGCAUAUAUUGUCAACGGUACUUCGAAUAAGAUAAUCUCAAAAGCGAUGCGUUGGGCCUCUCGUCGCAACAUCCGCAUCAUUGUCAAGGGAACUGGUCAUGAUCUCGAUGGCCGGUACGUGGUUCAGAUCUUCUAUCUGGUUACAGCAGCUAAUAAGAUGUAUAGCUCUACUGGUGCACACAGUCUGUCCAUCUGGACUCAUCAUCUCAACCACAUCAAGUUUGACCCCAAUUGGAAUGGUACUGAAGAUGUUGCCAUCGUCGGCAGUGGACAACAAUGGGCCAACGUCUAUGAUGCAGCAGCAAAGCGCGGAAAAGUAGUGAUUGGCGGUGCAGACGGUAGCGUGGGCCUUGGUGGACACAUCCAGGGUGGAGGUUACGGACCCCGUUCUUCGACCUAUGGCCUUGCUCCUGAUCAGGUCCUGCAAGUCAAUAUUGUGACCACAGAGNGAGAUAUCCUCGUCGCUAACGAUACUAACCAUCAAGACCUCUUCUGGGCGGUUCGUGGCGGCGGCGGUGGUAGUUAUGGUGUCGUCACUGAGUAUGUCCUCAAGACCUACCCAGCUCCUGCCAACUCUGUAGCGGGAACAUUGUCAAUCAGUGGCGGCAACAACGCUACUGGUAGCAUAACCUGGGAUGCUUUUGGUGUUCUUCUCAACCACAUACCUGGUCUCAUGGAUAAAGGCCUUUGGGGCAACAUCAUUGCCUUUGGUCAAACACCAGGCGAGGUCUCAUUGACUGCCCAACUCUCAGCCUACAACAGCACUGCAUCUCAAGUCACUGCUUUGGUCGAACCUGUCACUGCAGCAAUCCGCAACACAACCGGCAGCAGCAACUCUAGCCUCUCCAUAGUCUGGAGUGAUCCCACAGUUUCUCCUUUCGACAGAAAUACUAGCUCCAAGACUGCUUCCAACACCGCCGGAUCCGGUGGCCUGGAGACCAGCCGUCUGCUCGGCCUUGCCCAGCUCUCCCUCCCCUACAAGCAACUGUCCUCAUACCUCCGCCGUAUCAUGUGGACGGAACCUGGAAGCGGCAGUGCCAUGCUAAUUCUCGGUCUCAUGGCCGGCCCCGGUGUCCAAAACACUCCUCUGGAACGUCAAGGUGCAGUUAACCCCGUCUGGCGCACCACCUACGUCCACGCAAUUUCUGGCUCUGCUCCCGCCUCCAAAGACACAGCCACUCCAGCCCAGAUGAUCAAACAAGACGCUGUAUGGUACGAAAAGUACAGAGAAGCCGUGUGGCGCGAGUGGGCUCCAAACACAGGCGCCUACAUGAAUGAAGCAAAUCCUUACAACUCAAAUUGGAAGCACGAUUUCUUUGGUGCUAAUUACGAUAGACUUGCCGCUAUCAAGAGAAAGUACGAUCCUACAGAGUCGCUGUAUGCCGUGUCGAGAGCUGGUGCGGAAUGGUGGGAUUACGACUUGCAGACCGGCAGGCUGUGCAGAGUCGAGUGA